AUGGCAUCACAAGCAAGGGCAUUUAGUAGUACGGCCAAGGCAUUCCUGGCCGGUGGAUACUUGGUUUUAUUUCCAGAGUAUGCUGCCUAUGUUGUUGCAUUAAGUGCACGUAUGCAUGCGGUGAGCAACUUCAAACGAGACGAGGAUGGUUUUUUCAAAAUAACCGUCAAUUCCCCACAGUUCAAGAAUGGUUGCUGGAGCUAUGAGAUAGAUCCUGAAAAGAUCAAGACCAACGGUCUUACAGCAGAACUUUUUGAGGUUGAAGCAAGACGAAAUCCAUUUGUGGAGGCGACUAUUUUGACAGUGUUCUCUUACGCAUUGGGGAAGUAUCCAAAAAUGGAGGGAAAAGAUAUAACAAUUACCAUGUUCUCAGACCCAGAAUACCAUUCUCAGAAAGGUGCAGUGAAGAAGUCCUCUGAUAAUGGUAGUUAUGCGUUUCUCUAUCAUGGUGAAGAAAUUACCGGGGUGAACAAGACAGGCCUUGGCUCUAGUGCAGGGUUAGUGACAUCAUUGACGGCUUCAUUGCUGUCGUGUCUUGUGGAGGAGUUUGAUUUGAGUGGUGCACUAUGGAAGGAGAAAGUACAUAAUCUGGCCCAGAUUGCCCAUUGUAAAGCCCAGGGUAAAAUUGGAUCGGGAUUUGACGUUGCCAGUGCUACUUUUGGGUCUAUUGUUUAUAGGAGAUUCAAUUCCAAGUUGGUUACCAAUGUCAUUGACUCUUCAGACGUCGAUUCUCUGAUCAAGGUUGUCGACAAUAGUGAUUGGGAGACUAUGCAUUCUCCAUGCGUGCUUCCUAGGGGAAUCCGGUUGUUGAUGGGUGACGUUGAAGGGGGUUCGGAGACACCCAAAAUGGUGAGUAAGGUUCUCGAGUGGAAGAGAGCCAAUCCCGAGAAAUGUCUGCAAGUGUGGUCUGCCCUCAACGAAAGCAAUAUGAAGCUAACCAAUGCCUUGUUGGAGCUGAAUGCGCUAUCGUCUUCAUCCUUCACGGAAUAUGAAACUCUAAUAAAGAAUCUCUCCUUUUACAACAGCAAUGAAAUUUUACAGUUAGAAGGUGAUAACGUUGAAUAUUUACAAAAUGUUAUUGAAUCAUUAAGUGAUAUACGCAAAUACCUGAAAAUCAUGACACUGGAGACUGGCGUGUCCAUAGAACCAGAUGAACAGAGCAAUAUACUAGAUGCCGUGUGCAAAGUGAAGGGUGUUUUGGGCGGCGUUGUUCCGGGAGCUGGAGGAUACGAUGCCAUCUGUAUGCUUGUGGCCAGUGCGGAAGUUGCCAAUAUUGUGGCAAGCACACGCUUGCUUCCGGAGUGUGAGCAUGUUAGGUGGAUGUCCCUUUCCGAACAGAGUUUGGGACUUAUUGAGGAAAAUGUAGCAGACUUUUCCGGUCUUGUAUAG